AGAGCACCUUUGAUGUGGAUCUUUUCAAACAGCAGAACCUCUGUGGGAUACCACCCCACACAGGAAGACUAUCUCACCAUCUCAUCUGGAAUGACGUGAGGCGCCAGCAGCCUUUUUAUUCUAAUUAUUCUGCAAACAAUAGUGAAUGUCUACCAGGUACCAGGCACUGCCUUCCACACUCAGGCUUCACAGCGAGAGAAGCUCCACUCUUCAGCAGCUCCCUAUCUGUAGAGAAGCCAGCAGCCUCCCUGCAUUAUUUGGGAACAAUGUGGGCCUGGACACUGUGGACGCUCCCUCUAAUCUGCAGAUUUGCCCUGGCAGACCUGCCAACUAAGCCUGAGAACAUUUCUUGCGUCUUCUACUAUAGGAAAAAUUUUACUUGCAUCUGGAGUCCAGAGAAAGAAGCUAAUUUUGUAUCAUACACAGUCAGGAGAGCUCUGUAUUAUUUACAUGAAAAUGAUACUUGUAAUUCUACAAGUGAAAAUGGUUCUUCAUGCUCUUUUUAUUCAAGAUUAACACCACCAGAUAUUUACAUUAUUCAAGUGGAGGCUCAAAAUGCAUAUGGUAUAAUUAAAUCUGAUAUAACAUAUUGGGACUUAUAUACCAUAACUAAAAUCGAGCCUCCUAAGAUUUCCAGUGUGAAACCAGUUUUGGGCCUCAAAAAAAUGGUUCAAAUAAAAUGGACACAGCCUGUGUUGGCACCUAAGUCAUCUACUUUAAAUUAUACACUUCGAUUCAGAGCAGUAAAUAGUACCCACUGGAUGGAAGUCAACUUCACCAAGAGCUGUGUGAAUGAAGAAGCAGCAUAUAACCUCACAGGGCUGCAGGCUUUUACAGAGUACGUUGUGGCUCUGCAAUGUGUGGCUAACAAGUCAAAGUUCUGGAGUGGCUGGAGUCAAGAAAAAAUGGGAAUAACUAUGGAAGAAGCUCCACAUGGCCUGGAUCUAUGGAGAGUCCUGAGAUCAGACAAAGUGGAUGGAAAAAGGACAGUGCAGUUGUUGUGGAAGAAGGCAAAAGGAACCCCAGUCCUGGAGAAAGUACUUGGUUACAACAUAUGGUAUUUUCCAGAAAACAAUACUAACCUCACAGAGACAAUGAACACUACUGACCAGCAGCCUGAACUGUACCUGGGAAACCAGACCUACUGGGUACAUGUGAUUUCUUAUAAUUCUCUUGGGAAAUCUCCAGAGGCCACCUUGAGGAUUCCAGCUAUUGAUGAAAAGUUGUUCCAGUGCAUUGAGGCCAUGCACACCUGCCUCACUCAGGACCAGCUGGUGGUGGAGUGGCAAAGCUCUGCUCUGGAGGUUGAUACAUGGAUGGUGGAGUGGGUCCCAGACUUGGACUCAAAGCCCUUGGCCAUUUCCUGGGAGUCUGUGUCUCAUACCAGGAACUGGACAAUCCAGCAAGAUGAACUGAAACCUUUCUGGUGCUAUAAUAUCUCUGUGUAUCCAAUGUUGCAAAACCGAGUGGGCGAGCCAUAUUCCGUUCAGGCUUAUGUCAAAGAAGGUGUUCCAUCAGCAGGUCCCGUGACGAAGGUGGAGAACAUUGGUGUGAGGACAGUCACAAUUACAUGGAAGGAGAUUCCCAAGCAUCAGAGAAAUGGUUUCAUCAACAAUUACACCAUAUUUUACCAAGCUGAAGAUGGAAAGGAAUUCUCCAAGACAGUCAACUCCAGCAUCCUGCAGUGUGACCUGGAGUCCCUGACACGAAAGACCUCUUACACUGUUUGGGUCAUGGCCAGCACCAGUGCUGGGGGAGCUAAUGGCCCCGGGAUAAGCUUCAAGACAUUGUCAAUUAGUGUCUUUGAGAUUUUUCUUGUAACUUCUCUGGUUGGAGGGGGCCUUCUUAUUCUCAUCCUCCUGACAGUGGCAUAUGGCAUCAAAAAACCCAACAAACUGAAGCACCUAUGUUGGCCUGAUGUUCCCAACCCUGCUGAAAGCAGUAUAGCCACGUGGUGUGGAGAUGAUUUCAAGGGUAAGCUAAAUCUGAAGAAGUUUGACAAUUCUGUGUACAGAGAAGAAGACAGGAUUCUAAAACCAUGUUCUUCACCCAAUGGCCUUAUUGACAAGUUGGUGGUGAACUUUGAGAAUUUUUUGGAAGUGGUUUCCGCUGAGCAUCCUGGGAAGGGUUGGGAAAAUAUCUUGGGAGGGGAAAAGAAUGAGUACGUGACCUCCCCAAACAGGCCUUAUUGUCCCACUGUUUCAACUGAGAUUCCACCCAGAGGGUCCCAGUGCCUGUGUCCUGGGAUGCUAGAGGAGACCUGCUCAGAAACCAGAGAGCAGCUUCUCCCUCCCGCCCAAGGCUUUGGGCCAGACCAUCUCUGUGAGGAAGGAGCAUCAAACCCAUACUUGAAAAAUUCAGUGACAACCAGAGAAUUUCUUGUGUCUGAAAAACUUCCAGAGCAAAUCCAAAGAGAAGUCUAAGUGCUGCUGUGACUUGAAUCCCCCUGCGUCUCAGUGUGGGUGACACACAGAGGUAGAAGGUGUGGCUCCAAGAGCUUUCCUGGCAUCUUCCCUUCCUGCUUGUGUUAGAGAAAGCCUUGCACACCCCCAAACUUGGUUGGUACAGAUGUGGAAUUUGCUUGAGAAGAAAGGAUGGUGAUCAGCCCGAGCACUUUGCAGACGAAGAACAAUCUUUUGUUGUUAUCGUUGUUUAGCGAACAAGCUAUCACUGAGGCCCCUGGCAGAUGGACUCGGAGGGACAGUAAACACUGAAGGCAGACAUAUGUGGCCGUCCCGAGGAAUUGGGCCUUGGGCACGGCCUCUGCUGGCGCCGCUCCUCACAGCUCUAGGAGAGACUUUCUCUGUUGUCAGAAGACCGUUGUUUAGUUGGCACCUGGGUGACCUGCUGGGAGGCAAGGGGCUCUCCCAUCACCUCGACUUCCCUGGCUCUAGGCUCCACUCUGAGGCAGCCCUGGCAUCACUUUAGAGUCGCUUUAAAUCUCUCUUUCAACACAGAGGCAGAAAGCAGGGUGGCCUUCCAGAUGGAGUGCCUGAAACACCUCAUUAUCCUCAUUAAAUCUCAAGUGUCUGCAGCAACACCCCACCCAGGACUCUUGCCCUUGGUCACUCCACGCCUGCAGCGGGAGAUGGAGGAACAAGGGAGGGCCUCAGCAGGGCGCUGGAGAAGGGACUCUCGCCUGGGCUGGCAGGUCCGCCCCGCUGGCCAGGUCAUAGCCCAGCCCUGCCAACAGUUUCCGGAGGCCCCUGCUGCCCGUCUGUCUUGUACCCAAGCCUGGGAGUUGAAAGACACUGAAGAUGGCGGCGGCUUUUAGACAGGGACUCUGGUGCCUCGUGCUGGCCUGGAGCCCAGAUGCCUAUGGAACACAUCCUGCAAAGGCCUCUCCCCAGAAGCAGCUGAGCAGGGCCUGAGCCCAUGGAAUGCUCAGUAACUGUGCCGCUCCCACGCCGGGGCGCCUCUGCCUUCACCCGGCAAAGCCAGGAGCCCACAGCCUUGACUGGAACCAUUAGCCCGAGGGCUGAUGGCAGACCCUUGGGAACUUGCGGCUGGCCCUGGGCUCACACCCUGCGCACAGUGACUUGCUGGUGUUGGCGAUGGCUUGUCUGGCCAUUGUGGGAAGUUGCUGAGAGCCUGGUAUGGUGGGGGCAGUGGGGUCCAGUGAGCCCAGCAUUUGCCAGAUAGAAAGGCUGAUGGAAUUUUCUCCAAGAGUGGGAAGUCUGUGCUUGUGGUCCACAAGCAGCAAUCACAGACUUCACAAGCCACCGACUCAGGUGUGCAAAAACAUUGCUUUCCUUUCCUAUAACCAAGGUUGAUUUCCAGUCCCAGCCCCUGACCUUUAGAAGGAACCACCCCAAGUUAGUGAUUCUGAGUUGCCUUGGGUUUGGAGCUCGAGCUCACCUGGGAUUUCAAUGCCCCAUCCACCCUGGGACUGGCUCUGAGUGCCAGCAGAUAUUCAGGGGAGUGUGAGGUCUGCUGCCCAACCUCGGGCAGGGACGUGCCCUCUUCCCUGUCCCCUGCCACUUUCCUCCAAUCACUGCAUCCUUAUUGUGGGCACAAGCAAGGAUGCUUUCCCAAAGCUGUCUCCUCAUUAAGUCUCCAGUGUCUAUAGCACCCCCCAAAUUCAUCAGGCCUGGUUCACAGAACAGUGACCACUGAUAAAUCUAGGAAAAAAGGAUGCCUGGGGCAGGCGCUGGGGAGCCUAUGUUCUCAGAACAGAAAGGGACCAAAUGAAAGGGACUCCAGGCUGUGGUGGGCGCUCUUUGCCCUGAUGCCUCCCUCCCCAACCCUGUUGUUAUGUGGGCACUCCUGUGAACCCCGUGUCCUCCAGAAUCCCAGACAGGCCCUUUCCACCCGCCUCUGAUCUCUGAGCUCACAGGAGGCCCAAGCCUGGUACCCCACAUUCCUCUCUCUCUCCUGAGAAACACUCUGCUGCCUCCAGCUGAGGGGCAGGGAGUGCCAGUGAGUCCCUGUAGUCUUGUUCUCACGCCCUUUUGAACCUAAAGUCCAAGAAUUUGAUGAUGGGGAGAAGGAAAAGGUCACAAAUCGAAGUGGGUUUCAGAGAUGAAGCCAUUACCCUUACUCUCCCUCCCUUAACCAUUCAUUAACACCUGAAGCUUCUGAUGAAUAGCUGGCAAAUACCACACCCUGGGGCUUCCCAGGUGACAAUACAGGUAAAGAACCUGCGUGCCAAUGCAGGAGACAGGAGAGAUGCGGGUUCAGUCCCUGGGUCAGGAAGAUCCCCUGGAGGAGGGCACAGCAAUCCACUCCAGUAUUCUUGCCUGGAAAAUUCCAUGGACGGAGGAGCCUGUCCGGCUGCAUGACUGAAGUGACUUUAGCACGCAUGCACCACACCCUUGGCCCUUCCUCCGUUUCAUUCCCUUUCCCACUUUCCUUCUUGCCUCCUGUCUUCUGCUCCUUUUUUCCCACCAUUCCCAGCAGCUUUGCAUCUUUUUAAAUGCUUCCUUUUUCCCCCUCUCCCAUUUCUUGUUUCUUUUCUUUUUAUCCUUUUCUCCCCUUUCCAUUAGCCCCCUUAUAACAUCUCCAGAUUUACUUUUGCUAGCUUUGAGGGCUAGGACAUUUAGGGCCCUCUGUUUUGUUCUAGAAGGCCCAAGGCGGUUUCACAAGAGUCAGUGUUUCCUGCCAGGAAAAGGGGCACAUUUCUGAGGCAGCCCGGGAAGCACCCUGCAGCGCCGGCCUGCAGAGCAGAUCACAGGCCUGGCCUGGGAGAAGCCAGCGGUGACCUUCCUCUCCUGGAAUCCGGUCACGGACUGUCCCUGCUCCAGGGUCCUGCGCUGCCUCUGUGACUGCAGAUGGAGAGGGCCAUCUGCGUUUUCUUCCUGUUGCUGUCAGAGAGACACUGAGCAGACACAAACAGGAAAACUUGUUUUAUCAAGCUCAUUAAAAACUGGUAAAAUUCUCCUUAGAGUUUUCUAGGGCUCUGGGAACCACGCAAACAGCUACAUUAGUGCCCUGUUACUAGCCUUUCUUUUACAGUAAUAUCAGAAAAAAAUUUUUAGAGAAUGGCAGAGAAGUGGUUAGUGGUUCAAAAAAGGGAGAUGGUACCUUCAUUCUUUCUCGGGCAGCUGCAAUAAAACGCAGAGU